AUGGAUUCCCCCAUGGCGGAGAAGGCGACGAAACCAGAGGAGGAAGAUAGGUUGAGCGUGCUGCCAGAUGAUGUUUUACUGUCUAUCCUGCGGAAAGUCGACAUAAGCACGGCCGCACGAACAAGUUCACCGUCAACACGGUGGAGGCAGCUGCCCUGGCUGCUGCCUGAGCUCAACAUUGAUGUCAGCUGUUUCCUACCUGCUCCACGCUCAGACCCGAUUGAGGCAAAUGACAUGCAGGAAGCUAUGGUGGCUCUAACCAAAGCAACCAGGAGUUUAUUGUCUAAGCCUCAUAGAGGAUCCACCACCACUAGGCUGGACCUUGUGAUCUACUUGAUCAAUACUUUCUUGUCUGACCUUGGCCCACUGGUGGGUGACGCAGUCGAUUGUGGUUUGUUAAAAGAUUUGGAUCUCACCAUUCAUGACGGGACAGAUGCUCUUGACCGUAAUGAAGAGUAUAUGCUUCAGCGAGCGCAGGAUAUAUAUGGGUUUUUCACUGCCUACCCUAGUGUGCUCCAUUGCCUCACAAAGCUCUCUCUGUACAAUGUAUGCUUCAGUGAACUGGACAUCAAUCGUGUCCUGUUUGACAGCUGCAAGGAACUGAAGCAUCUAUUCCUCAUUUACUGUGAUACUGGCCGUCACACUCUCUGUAAGAUAGAUGCACCAAAUUCAAAACUCAGUGUUUUAGAAAUCCACUUCUGUCGCUUUGAGAUGCUUGAGUUGGUCUGCCUUCCAAAGCUGGAGAAGCUCACAUGGUAUCAUUGGUUGUCUGAAUAUAGCCCUUUGCUGUUGUGUUAUGUCCCAUCUCUUGGGGAAUUAGAACUCUCAUCUGCGUUAACACUAAAGCAUGUACCAUUUAAAUUAAGUGAGGUUCUACAUGGAACCACAAGCAUACAUACUCUGACAUUGGACUUCCAAGGAGAAAAACUUUGGAUGCAACCUGAAAUGAAGCAACUCUGCACCGCAUUCAACAAGCUAAGGAAGCUGUCUGUGUGUGGUAUCUUUGUUGAAUUUGACAUUAUAUGGACGACAGCCUUUCUUGUGGCGGCACCCUCCAUUGAAAUAUUAUGUAUUGAGGUAUGGGACCAUGACACAUGCGGUUGGGACGAAAAUUAUAACAGAAAGUUGCUAUUCGCCGAUAGAAAAAAUCCUGAGUGGGAGAUGGACUCGCACAGCUCCAAGAACUGGCUACUGAAGGAGCUCCAGAUCUCUGGCUUCAGGCCGCUGGAACAGCAGUUUACAUUUAUAAGGGCCUUGCUGGAGCGAGCCCCCAACUUGCAGACGAUUGUCCUGAAAGGAGACAUAGAGUGCGUGUGGGAUUGUGUCGCCCUCACAAGAGAGUCUUUAUUUCCAAAGAGUGAGGCUGAUCAAGAAAUGGUGGUGAGGCGAAUCACAGACGGCAAACCCUUGCCCCGAGUGAUCUUCCAUGAAUGA